UUGAGAAUUCUAACUGUUGGUUGGGAGUCAUUUUCUUCUCUCUCUUCGGAAUAUCCACAGCGUGCUGAGUUGCACUUUUCUGGCUGCAGCUUUUUCAGACAACGUCUUGUCUACUCGUUGCUUAGUGGACGUCUCGUUAUUAUUCGUGAUAUACGUAAACAUGAGAAUGAGCCCGGCAUCAGGGAAUUUGAAGUAAAGCUUUUGGUGCUGCUAGAAAAAGUAACUAAUGGAACGCGAAUUCGUAUCAACGAAACAGGAACGGAAGUGUUGUUUUCGCCAGGAAUGGUUAUGGGUGGUUCCCUCGAUUUUGAUUGUGGUACUGAUCGAUUUUUUUCUUGGUUUCGAAAACAAAAAAUGUCGCAUUUGAUUACUAGCUUUUCUAGCUAUUAUGUGGAACCUUUGUUGAUGCUUGCUCCUUUCUGCAAGUAUCCAUUGAAAGUGGAACUGCGUGGGGUGACUAAUUCUCCUGGUGAAUUAAGCAUUGACGCUAUUCGGGCGACGUGGCUGCCAGUUUUCAAUAAAUUUGUGCGUGCCUUCGAAUCGCCAGAAAUAAAAAUUGUAGCUCGAGGCUAUAAACCAGAUGGUGGAGGAUGUGUCCUGUUUACAGCUCCGAUAACAAGAACUCUUCGGCCAGUACAGUCAAUGGGAAAAGUUUGUAAAAUUCGUGGUAUCGCUCUUAUUGCUAAAGUUUCGCCAUCGAUAGCUCAUCGUAUGAUUGAUGCGGCGAAAAAAGCGCUCCGUAAUUAUGUUGCUGAUGUUUACAUCACUAUUGAUCAAAGGAAAGGAGCAGCUGGUGGAAGUUCACCAGGAUUUGGACUUUUUUUAACAGCAGAAACUACGGAAGGCAUAGUUUAUCAUGGAAACGCUUUAUCGAAGCCUAAAGGAGAGCAAGGUAAUCAAGCUCUUCCUGAAGAUGUUGGACAUGGUGCAGCUUGUCAGCUAUUAGAUCAGAUCUAUGCGGGAGGAUGUGUUGAUAUAACAGCUCAGGCACUAGCUGUAACAUUCAUGGCACUUUGUGAAAAAGAUGUUAGCACGUAUUUGUUUGGACCACUUUCAGUUUGUUGGUUUUUGUUGAAAUCGUUUUUUGAAAUAAAGUUUAAAAUCGAGGAGUGGAACAAGCAGUGUGUGGACAAUAAACAGAGACUUGGAUCUAAUGAAAAAGCUUUAUUAACUUGUAUUGGAAUUGGCUACAGUAAUCUGAACAAAACUGUAUUAUGA